CUUGCAACUGUACUUGCAGUGCCCCAGUAGUUAAAACCAGAAAAACCUGAUGCCUCUCUUCAGCCUGAUGCCUCUCUUCAGCCUGAUGCCUCCACUCAGCCUGAAGCCUCUACUCAGCCUGAAGCCUCUACUCAGCCGGAUGCCUCUACUCAGCCGGAUGCUUUCCCAGCAUAAUGAACUGAUCCAGCCUGAUGAUCCUAUUAGGCCAGUUGACUCGAUGCCCGCUGUUGAUCCAGAUGAUCCGGUACCUGAUCCGGUGCCCGCUGUCGUGCCAAUUGACUCAGAGCUCGCUGUCGUACCUGGUGACUCGGUGCCCACUGCCUUGCCAGAUGACGCGGUGCCCGCUGGCGAGCCAAAUGACUUGAUGCCUGGUGACCCAGUGCCCGCUGUCAUACCUGGUGACCCGAUGCCCGCUGUCGAGCCAGACGAUCCAAUGCCAGACGACUCGAUGCCCGCAGUCUUGCCAGACGACUCGGUGCCCGCAGUCUUGCCAGAUGACUCGGCGCCCGCAGUUCCGCCAGUUGACUCGAUGCCCGCUGUUCCGCCAGUUGACUCGGUGCCCGCAGUCUUGCCAGACGACUCGGUGCCC